AUGGUGGAGAGGGUGACUGAGCUGGCUUAUUUCGGGUCUGCUGGUAUCUUGAAGAGGAGAGACUGGUUGUCAUACUUGAGGCAGCAGUGUGAGCAGCAGUGUGAGCAGCAACGUCAGCAGCAGUGUCAGCAGCAGUGUGAGCAGCAGCAGUGUGAGCAGCAGUGUGAGCAGCACAGCAGCAGUGUGAGCAGCAGUGCGAGCAGCAGUGUCUGCAGCAGUGUCAGCAGCAGUGUCAGCAGCAGCAGUGUGAGCAGCAGUGUCAGCAGCAGCAGUGUGAGCAGCAGUGUCAGCAGCAGUGUCAGCACCAGCAGUGUGAGCAGCAGCAGUGUCAGCAGCAGUGUCUGCAGCAGUGUCAGCAGCAGUGUGAGCAGCAGCAGUGUGAGCAGCAGUGUCAGCAGCAGCAGUGUCAGCAGCAGUGUCAGCAGCAGUGUCAGCAGCAGUGUGAGCAGCAGCAGUGUGAGCAGCAGUGUCAGCAGCAGCAGUGUCAGCAGCAGUGUGAGCAGCAGCAGUGUCAGCAGCAGUGUCAGCAGCAGCAGUGUCAGCAGCAGCAGUGUGAGCAGCAGUGUCAGCAGCAGCAGUGUGAGCAGCAGUGUCAGCAGCAGUGUGAGCAGCAGCAGUGUGAGCAGCAGUGUCAGCAGCAGUGUGAGCAGCAGCAGUGUGAGCAGCAGUGUCAGCACCAGCAGUGUGAGCAGCAGCAGUGUCAGCAGCAGUGUGAGCAGCAGCAGUGUGAGCAGCAGCAGUGUCAGCAGCAGUGUCAGCAGCAGUGUCAGCAGCAGUGUGAGCAGCAGCAGUGUGAGCAGCAGCAGUGUCAGCAGCAGUGUGAGCAGCAGCAGUGUCAGUAGCAGCAGUGUCAGCAGCAGUGUGAGCAGCAGCAGUGUCAGCAGCAGUGUGAGCAGCAGCAGUGUCAGCAGCAGUGUCUGCAGCAGUGUCAGCAGCAGUGUGAGCAGCAGCAGUGUCAGCAGCAGUGUGAGCAGCAGCAGUGUCAGCAGCAGCAGUGUCAGUAGCAGCAGCAGUGUCAGCAGCAGUGUCAGUAGCAGCAGCAGUGUCAGCAGCAGUGUCAGCAGCAGUGUCAGUAGCAGCAGCAGUGUCAGCAGCAGUGUCAGCAGCAGUGUCAGCAGCAGCAGUGUCAGUAGCAGCAGCAGUGUGAGCAGCAGUGUCAGCAGCAGCAGCAGUGUCAGUAGCAGCAGCAGUGUCAGUAGCAGCAGUGUGAGCAGCAGUGUGAGCAGCAGCAGUGUCAGCAGCAGUGUCAGCAGCAGCAGCAGUGGGCUGCUGACAGAAACAUUGGGAAACGGGCAGCGACAAGGUUUCAAGACCACAGAAUUGCAGGGAUGGAAAGAGAUGAUGACGAGCCAAACCAAUGGGCUGCUUGUCAGCAGAGGAGCCCCAGGGAGCUACAAGCAGUUAGGGCCCCGGGUCCCACACCCAAAGCCUGUAAGAAUAGGCCUGUUUAGGAGCAAGGGCCCCACCACCCAUGGCACGGAAGCUGUAAGACUGGCUCGCAUCUACGGUUGUCAGCAGCGUCUUUGA